GCGUACGUCUCGCCAGCGAAGCGAGGGAGCUGUGACCACCUCACGAACCUCUUAUCUUGCAUUACUCGCACAGGCACAACCGCAAUUAUGUCAAAAAGAACAUCAAUCCUCCCAUCGUGAACCUCGCACCAUCUACGCGCCUUCGUGAUGCCGCGUUUCAGUACCUCCCGCAUAAUCACCGUGCUGCUCGGCAUCACCGUGCUCUUCUCGAUAACCUACAUCAACUGGACAUCCCUGUUCACGCUCCCGGAAACCGCCAACACAGCCACGAGCACCACCGCGCAGCACCCCGUCCUCGACCCCGCGCAAAAACACAUCAAGACAUUCUUCGCCGUGUGGUCUGAGCACCUCCACGCCGCACGCCCCCACAUCCCACCUCUCAAGCUCCGCGGCACCGCCGCCGCCAACGUCCGCGGCGACGACCUGCCGUACCCGCGCAAGCCCGCGCGCACCUACCUCUUCCUGACCAACCACGAUGUGUCCUCACUCCGCUCGUCGCACGCCGGCAUGCUCCGCAGCCUCCGCUCCAUGCGCAGCUCGCUGUCGAACACCGCGACGGAUAUCUACGACGGCACGGGCGUGGUGAUCGUUGCCGGGGGGGAGUACUUCGGCCCCGCCAUUGUCUCGCUGCGCAUGCUGCGCCGCACCGGGUGCACCCUCCGCGUAGAGGUGUUCCUCGGCAAGCGCGAGGAGUACGAGCCCGAGCUCUGCCAGAGUGUUCUCCCUGCCCUGAACGCCCGCUGCGUCUUCAUCCCCGCGUUUCUCUCCCCGCCGCUGUCGCCCGAGGUCGCUCACUACCAGCUGAAAUCCCUCGCGAUGCUGUUUAGCACGUUCCGACACGUGCUCUACCUCGACUCCGACUCCAUCCCGCUGCUCGAUCCGACAAGUCUGUUUACCGAGAAGCCGUACACCAGCACGGGACUCGUGCUCUGGCCCGACUUCUGGAAGGCGACGGAGGACCCCGUGUUCUGGAACAUCACUGGCAUGCCGGCGUUCCCGAAGGACCUCCCGCCGACGGGGUGCGAGGCGGGACAGGUGCUGAUCGACAAGAGGAGACAUAUGCAGACGCUGCUGCUGGCGGUGUACUACAACAUUUGGGGUCCGGGAUGGUACUACGAGCUGCUCAGCCAGGGAGCGCUGGGACAGGGCGACAAGGAAACGUUUCUGUCCGCUGCGGUGGUGCUGGGCGCGAAGUGGGCCCGCGUCAAGACGCCAGUGGCCUUGCUGGGUUACUUCAAGUCGAAUAAGAGCUUCAAGGGCAGCGGGAUGGUGCAGUUUCAUCCCGGCGACGAGCUUACCCCCGGGAAGACUGUCAGGCCCGCUUUCAUCCAUGCCAAUACGCCCAAGAUGAAUGCGGGACAUCUAGUCGAUGAGGGUGAUCUGGAGGAUAAGGGGAAGCAUGUGAGGCUUUGGGGCACUAAGGACAAGGCCGUCGAGAGGUUUGGGGAGGAUAUAGAGAUGGUUGUCUGGCAGCAGAUGGUCGAGGUCGGAUGCGAGCUGGCGGAUGUGGUGGAGGAGUGGAAGGACAGGAGUGGGCUUUGUAAGAGGUUGAAGAAACAUUGGAAGAUUUUUGAAGAGGGGCCGUAGUGGCAAGCGAAUAUACCUUUUGAUUUAGUGGGAUGAAGUCUGAUCAUUUAGUGGGAUAAUGUAUUGGGAUCUCACAGGAUUCACCUGAAGAGACCAUCUUCUUCUCGC